AUGGCCAGCAAGUCGGCGUCCCUGCUGAUCCUCGCGGCGCUGGUGGCCGCGGCGUGCCUCACGGAGCUGGGCUCGGCGGCGCGCGGCGUGCCGGCGGAGAAGCCCGCGGAGGACGAUGUGAAGCGGCCGGACACGUUCCAGGAGGGGACGGUGCUGAUCCCGGGGAUCGGGCGGUACGAGCUGGGCACCCACUACAUCCCCGACAUCGGCGGGCUGGACCACAGCAUCCCGGCCGCCGCCAGUGGACAGUUCAUCCCCGGCGCCGACGACACCUGGGUGCCCAACCCCGGCUUUGAGAUUCCCAACCCCUUCCGCCCCCGCUCCGACUCUCCCUGA